AGCAAAACUUGUAAUCAGUUGCAGAAAUUCGUUGCUUAAAAGCGGUAGUACCCUAAAGUGGCAAAAAAUAUAUAUAUAUAUUAAAUUUUUAUAAACAAAAAAAUAUUUCUAACACAUUUCAGUGUUUAACAUAUUAUUAAAAUAAAACUAGUUAAUAAAACCUGUUAACGGAAUUUGAAAGAAAAUUGUCGUUAUGAAUCUACAGCAAGUGUUUAGUUUAACCUUACUACCCUGCUUAUAUGUUUUGUUUAUUUUAUUGAGUGAAUUGGUGGAAAAUGGCAUGGCCCAAAAUCCAGAUCCUUUAUUUGAAUUACCGGUACAACUGGUUGGUUUUCCGGUGAUUGUAUUGUCUGUACGUUUAUCGCAGUUUGCCAAAAAGUUGGCCUAUUCUUUGAAUCCAAAUACUUACCGUGCUCGCAGCAAACGAGAAACGGCUUUAUUAGCAUACGAUGCAGAUGUUGCUCAAAAGGAAAUUUUACGUGAAUUUGGUCCUAGAGCUUGCAUCUUAGAGGAACCUUGUCGCAUACAUGCCUCACGUCCCGGACGUGCUUCACAAACUAAUCUGAAUUGGCAAGAAGUUUUCAGUAACUACAAAGUGCAAUCAACCGGUAUGAAACAAUGGUAUUUGCUGUCUUUAUUCAUUGGUGAUGCUGUGCGUGAUGUACCCCUAUGCCAUUUGUUGGCUAAGAGAAUGCCAUGUCCAGGCACUGGUCCCUUACCACCACCCCAGCCACGUUAAGUCGUGUUCUACGUAAUGUAUGUAUAAAUUGAACGAACGUACUUUUACAGUUAAAUGUAGAAUUGUAGUAAAGUAGUCCACCUCUACUGACUACCUCUUAGUAAUGUAUACUUUUUUUACUUUAUAACCAGUGCAAAAUUUUACCCUUUUUUAUUUUUAUUUAAUGGUGUUUCCUUCUUUUUUUCUUUUUAUUUGUUUUAACCAUUUCAAUUUUCAUUUAUUUUUUGUAGCAAUGAGUAGAUAAAAAAAUAUUGCAGUAAAAAAUCUUAUAAGAAUGACAUGCAACUCUUACCACUUGUAAACAAAGACUGACUGACAUUAAAUUUAAAGAUCAUUUUUUAUUCGCAUUUAGCUGAUGAGCAUCAGGGCUUAAACUUGAAAAUUUACGUAAAGAAUGUGUGCGUGUAUGCAAAAAUUUUUGAGGGAAGCUAAAAAAGAGUUUCCAAAUAUUGAGCAGUUUCUUCAUUGCAGGGAAUUGAUUAAAACAGCCAAUUUCCACCAUUUGCAAUUAUUUUUUUUUUAAUAUUUUUUAAUAAAAUUUUUAAAUUUUCUGUUUUUAGUAAAAUUUUGAAAAAUUUAAAAU